AUGAAGAAGGCAGUGAAGUUGGAAAGAUGUGGUGAGAGACCUCUUUUUGAAGGAGACGCUAAAUACUCCAGAAUCAUAGAGGGGGUGGAGGCUGGGAUUGGUGAGUUUCCAUGGAUGGUGAGCAUUCAGGUAGGAAAUGAACAUUUCUGUGGUGGUGCUAUCCUGAACAAGUGGUGGAUUCUGUCUGCUGCUCAUUGCUUUCAAUCUGAUGGAAUAACCCCAAGGAUACUAAAUAUUGUGAUAGGAACCACUGACUUAACCAAUCCACACAAUGACAUCAAGGAGAUAAGCAAAAUAAUUCUCCACAAGGAUUAUAAUAAGCUCAACAUGGACAAUGAUGUCGCCUUACUCCUGGUAGACUCACCCAUUAGCUUCAGUGACCAGAUACUACCCAUCUGCUUGCCAAGGCAACCCAUUCCCUCUACCUGGCAUAUAUGUUGGGUGGCAGGAUGGGGAAGGACUAGAGCUGGUGACAAAAACUCUGUGACAACUGACCUGAUGAAAGUGCCAAUGAUUAUAAUAGAUUGGGAAGACUGUUCGAGGAUGUUUAACAAACUUACCCAAAACAUGUUGUGUGCUGGAUAUAAGAAUAAAACUUAUGAUGCCUGCCAGGGUGACAGUGGAGGACCUUUAAUGUGCACCUCAGGGCCUGACAAGAGGUGGUACCAAGUAGGUAUCAUCAGCUGGGGAAGGAGCUGUGGACAUAAGGACAUUCCAGGGAUAUAUACUUUGUUAGCUAAAUAUGACCUCUGGAUCAAGAAUGUGACUGAGAUGGAAGGAAGGCCAUUUAAAGCUGAGGAAAUGAAUGACGUUUAUGUAAAGAAACAACUGCGCUCCCAGGUCUCAAAUUUCUUGGAGCCAAGCAUCCUCAGAUUAUGUCUCCUGCUCUGCCUUCUUCCCUACAUGCUCUUCUGGCUCACUUUUAACAUUUAA